AUGAGUUCGAAACAACAUUGCAAUCGAUGUGCAAAAUUGGUAUAUCCGACCGAUAAAAUUGGACCGCUCAAGGAUUCCACAUUUUUUCAUAAUGGUGAGCAUUUUCUAACUGAAAUUUCAAAAAGAGAAAUAGAAUGUUAAAAUAAAUUAUUUAGUUUUAUAUAUUUUCAAUUCUCGAUUUAAUAAAAACCCAAAAAUAAAUAGCACAAGAUGGUCUAGAAACUAAUUGUAAGUUCCAAUUUUUUGGAAUCUCGAGUUUUUUAAAUUCAUCUUUCUGAACUACGAUUCAAAAGAUUUUUGAAAAAUAAAAAUUUUGAGCUUUCUGAGAAGUACUUCUUGAUUGUGAGCUAGUAGAAUUUUAGAAUUUUUUUUCGAAAAAUUAAAAAAUUUCUAGUAUAAUUAUUCAGAAAAGCUCAUGACUAAAACUCAAAAAUAAAAUAAACAUUUUUUAGGUUGUUUCAAAUGUUAUAUUUGUGGAACCCGUUUGGCUCUAAAAACCUACUGUAAUAAUAGAAAUGAUAUAAAUGACAAAGAAGUUUAUUGUUCAAACCAUGUUCCAAUUGCUGGACCUCAUGAUCUACCAAUGGUUAACGGAAAACCACAAUCAAAUGGACUUGAUAAUAACAAUCAUAUGAAAAAUGGAAAUUGGAUGUAAGUUGAACUCCGGUUGAUGGAAAUUUUUCAAAAAAAAAACAACAAUCAUGCCAAAUUAUCAAUAAUAUUUUUCAGAGAUGCUGGUUUGAGUGAUAUGAAAAUAGCACAUGCUAUGAAAGCAACUCAAGUAGCUCGACCUUAUCCAAAAAUCAGUCAUGAAGGGGCUAAAUAUGUUGUAGAUUAUGAUGCACAAACAAGACUUGAAUUACUUCAUAGAAGUGCUGAAGAUCAAUUAUAUGAAGCUUUUCAAGAUAAAAGAAAUCGAGAAGCUGAAGAAUUUGAGAAGGAAAAUACUGAAGAAUGGGAAAAGGCGUUGGAAGAAUUCGCGAAAAAAUAUGACAAGGGACAAAGUUCGAGCAAAGCCAAUAAAGAUGAUCUUAUUAGACAAUUAACAAUAAAACGAGAAAAGAAAUUGGAAACUUUACAUUCAAAACGAAGAGUGAGUUGUUUUUUCAAGAAAAAUUGAAAAUUAAUUAGGCUUCCGAGUUAAAAAGCUCAUUUCGCCCCCACGAUUGGAGUCGGGCCGAGGGUUGUUUUUCUUCAUGCGCCUGUUUCCUUUUUCAUUUCUCUCACCCCUAUCUUCUCAUUCACCGACGUUUCCCUUUACUCGCAACGCGCUAUCUUCUUCAUUGUGUGUGACUCCGCCCACUUUUAGACAGUGAAGAAAAAUGAGAGACGCAGACAAAUAUUGGUUUUUCGAGAAAGAAAAAGAAAAAAGAAUUUGAAUUGAAAGAAAAAUGAUUAUUUUCAGGAACGUGAAAGACAUCAAACUGCUGAAUUAGUUGAUAGACAAGCAAAAGAAAUGUUGGAUCUUUUCAAAGCUUCAAGACAAGAAUACAGUAAUCUACAGUAUCCUUCAACACCGCCACCUCCAGUUCCACCAAGUUGUAGUAAAAGAGAAAUUUAUACAUCAACUGAUUAUUUUUCAUCGAUUGAUGAAGUUGCAAUUCAUUGUGCAAGAAAUGAAGUCGCCUCAUUUACCGAUUUGAUUCGAACUUUAUCAUCUGGUGCAAGAUCAGAUGUUGAUGUUGCGAGAGCAAUAUAUCGAUGGAUUACUAUUAAAAAUUUGAAUACAAUGAUUUUUGAUGAAUCAAUUCAAAGUGAUACUCCAAUGGGACUUUUACGUGGUAUUAAAUAUGGAACUGAAAGUUAUCAUGUAUUAUUCAAAAGAUUGUGUAGUUAUGCUGGAUUACAUUGUGUUGUUAUAAAAGGAUUUUCAAAAUCAGCUGGAUAUCAACCAGGUUAUUCAUUUGAUGAUCAUAGAUUCAGAAAUACAUGGAAUGCUGUUUAUUUGGAUGGUUCUUGGCGAUUUGUUCAAUGUAAUUGGGGAGCAAGACAUCUUGUGUAAGUUCAGAGAUUUUUAAAUAAGUUAUUGUUCUAGAAUUUUCAGAAAUGCAAAAGAUGGAUCACAUGAAGCAAAAUCAGAUGGAAAUCUUCGAUACGAAUACGAUGAUCAUUAUUUUAUGACUGAUCCAGAAGAAUUUAUCUAUGAAUUUUUCCCAUCUGAACCUGCUUGGCAAUUAUUACCAAGAUCAUUGUCACUUUUACAGUUUGAGAGAAUACCAUUUGUUCGAUCACUAUUUUUCAAGUAUAAUCUAUCUUUCACUGAUUCAAAAUUAGAGUCAACAAUUUAUGUGAGUACAACUUCAAAAAAGGUCAUAACCUCUAAUAAAAUAUUGCUUUUCAGACCGAUAAAACAGGAGCUUCGUCAGUUUCAAUUCGUCUUCCACCAAAAGGAGAUUCUCUUAUUUUCCACUACAAUCUUAAAUUUUUCGAUUCUGAGGAGAAUACAAUUAGUGGAAUGUCUUUGAAAAGAUUUGUUAUGCAAUCUGUAUCAGAUGAUGUAAGUUAUUAUACUGUAAUUAUUUUCCGAACUUAUACGAACUUGAAUAUUUGCAGAUUGUUACAUUUCGAGUGCAUGCUCCAUCAACUCGACCACUUCUUUUGGAUAUUUUUGCCAAUUCAGUUUCUUCGGGAGCUUAUUUAACUGGACAACCAAUCAAAUUCAAAAGUGUUUGUAAAUUUAAAGUGAGUUCAUUUUAGGGAAAAACAAUCUAAAUUUUCAUCAUUUAUCAUAUUUAUUAUAGGUUUUAUGUGAAUCCCUUCAAGUUAUAAUGGUUCCACUUCCUGAAUGUGCAUCAGGUGAAUGGGGUCCUGCAAAAGCAACUCGAUUAUUCGGACUUUUACCAGUAUCACAUCCAGAUGCUAUUAUAAAUACUGGAAGAUAUGUUGAAAUUAGAUUCCGAAUGACUAGACCACUUUCUGAAUUUGUUGCAUCACUUCAUAGAAAUCGAACAGAUGAUCGUCAACUUCAAUCAUGUACAAGAUCUAUUCUCAAAGGAGAUAUGGUAGGAUUAUAUUAUUUUUCCAAAAAAAAACAUGAAUAACUCAUUUGUUUUUUUCAGGUUUAUAUUCAAAUAGAUUUUCCGGGAGAAGGUCAAUAUGGACUAGAUAUUUACACACGUCAAAAUGAUCAACUUGUCAACGGAAAACAACUUUUAACACAUUGCUGCAAAUAUUUGAUUCAUUCCAGAAAUUGUUAA